AUGGUUGCUGAUAUGAGUUAUGCGACAGUCUCCAAUGUCAUUGACAGCUGGGAGGAAGUCCGUCGUCUUAAGGAUUACGAACAGGUAGUUGGAGUUACACUGUUCACAAAACUCUUUGAGCUAGAACCUGAAGCAAAGACCAUCUUUGGUUUCGAUGUCCAAGCUGAUGUAUCAACUGAGCUUUCAAAGUCGCCGAGGUUUACGAAGCAUGCAAAGUAUUUCAUCCAGAUGAUCGACAAAGCACUGGGAAUGUUAGGUCCUGAUAUCGAGCUCUUGACAGAGAUCCUUCUCGAUCUGGGACACAAGCACGUUGGAUAUGGCGUAAAACCAGAAUAUUUCCCCUCCAUGGGACGGGCAUUGAUUUUCGCAGUGAAGGAGAAUCUAGGGGAGAGUUUCACUGACGAAACAAAAGAUGCAUGGAUUGAAGUAUAUGGGGCACUGUCAUAUGACAUGAUUCGGGCUCAGAAGAUGAAACGCUGA